CCGGCGUGUAGGGCCAUGGCAACAACUAUCGACUCAGAAUGAACAUGGUUUGGGGACAACACGCAACCCUCCGGCGAUAACUCUGCACUUUCCGAGACCUGUAUGAGGUGGCCGCCUUAACUAAUGCAGCCGAAACCUCUGUCCUCCACACGCACGAGAUGGCCUCUCCGGUCAGGCCGCGACCAGAGGAUACCUUUUCCUCCCCGGUAGCAACAUCACCCUCGGCAGGCUAUCCUUUCCCAGAUGUGUCGCAGAGGCACUACGGGCCCAGGGGCCUGCUCCGACGCGGCUCUACAGCAAGUUCAAUCACGAGUAUAGGAGGAGCAUUGGACACGGGGUCGAUCAAUCAUCCUACAAUCGCCGAGACGAGUCAAAAUGCUAUCUCGACACUACUCCAACAUCCAAUUGUACGGACAGGUCUAUCAGCCAGCACCGCCGUUCCGACUACCGGCUACAAAGCACCGACUCACCGAGAUAUUCCUCCUGUGGCGUUGACGAACAUCCCUCACAUUGAAGCCAAAGCCUUUCAUCCGUAUCUCGCGCAGGUGGGGUCACUAUAUGAGGCUUUCCAAAGAGCUAGGAAUGAGGGAGAGGGAGAGACAUCGCUCCUUCAACGGGACAAAAAAGACACCAGAAAUGAAGAGUGGGAGGCCAUCUUGGCCAAACGCCUACAGAGACCAGGCCAUUCGCGGGCCGGGUCUAUGAGCUCUACAACCUCUACGCCUCUGGAGUUGCCACAACCUAAACGGCGACAGAGUGGUCAAAGACGUUAUGCGGUAACACCUUUAUCUACUAUUCCAACGGUGUACUCGGAGGAGGACUUCCAUCUGGAAAAUCCAAGAACCUUCGAUAUCGUAUCAGAACACUCGGAAAUCGUGCGGGAUCCUUCCGGGGCACCCAGUGGAAGGAGAUCUCUGGCCACCAAUGCUAUUCUACAGGAGAAGUUAUCCUGGUAUAUGGAUACAGUCGAAGUCCAUCUGAUUAACUCGAUAUCGACAGCCUCAAAGUCAUUCUUCUCCGCCCUGGGCUCUCUUAGGGAAUUGCACAACGAGGCUGCUGACUCGGUGGACCGAAUACAGAAACUGCGAAAGGAGUUGGCAAAACUCGAUAAAGAAAUGGCGAUAGAUGGCCUAAAAGUGGUCAACCUUAAGCACAGGCGUGACAAUGUUCGUCAACUCGCGCAGGCCAUGACGCAGCUCGAAGAUAUUGUUAAAUCAGUGCAGAGUGUGGAAGCUAUGGUCGAAAAUGGCGAGAUAGAUCAGGCUUUGAACGACUUGGAUGAAGUCGAGGCUCUGAUGGCUGGCAGGCAAAGCAAGCUAUCAAACUCGAACGAGCAUGGUCGAUACCAAAGGCGGGAUCUGAGGCGGAUCAAGGCCCUAGAGGGCGCCUUCGACGAUUUAACCCAGUUGCGAUAUCGGGCUGGGCGGGGUUAUGAGGCCCGAUUUCAUGACAGUUUAUUGAACGACAUCAGACGGCAUGUUGAACAUACCGAAAUAAGCGCGACUCUUCAGAGAUGGGGCGUGGCAUAUACAAGGCCAAAGCCAGGUCAGAGGAGAGCCCCUUCCGCAUUCCCUGGCUAUAUGAGUAUCGGUGCAGAACUACGGGCAGAACUUGAAGCCGAGAUGAGGGGACUAUCGCGAGCCAGAUAUACCACCCAAGCAGCUACCACUUUCAGGGCUAUCGUCCUACGAGAGACGAAGAGCAUGAUUCGAAAGCAAUUGCCGAGUUCCAGCGACGACGAUAAUGUAUCAACAGUAUCGGCAUCCACCACGGGAGGCCGGAGCAUGAGUCAGCAAGAAAAGUCAUCUAUUUUGGCCCGGAAUCUUAGGGCACUGGAUGCGGAUGAUUGGUAUCAAAUGUUGGCCACCAUAUACACGAAUAUCAGUGAGGGUUUGCGCCGGCUCAGUGUGCAGGUGAAGAUCCUUCUCGAUAUCACGAGCAACUUGCCGGAGCAUAUGCUGAAGUCUCCGCCGACGAGCCCUGAUCCAUCGAACCUUGACAGGAUAAGAAGUCCGCCGGCUGGUCGAGCAAGAGCUGCAAGCUCUGUGCAGGCGGAGAUGCAGCAAGUACUUGAUUUGUCGAGCUUGCUCGGUGAAGGAGUUGACCUCGCACAAGCUCAAAUCACCAAAGUCGUCAGAGUACGGUCACAACAAAAUGCUGAGCUGCCGCUUGCUGAUUUCCUCAAAUACUUCACACUCAACCGACUAUUCGCAGACGAAUGUGAAGCAAUAUCAGGUCGGAGCGGAACUGCCUUGAAGAGCGUGGUCGACUCUCAGAUCAAAGACUUUGUGGCCCGUUUUGGCGACUCGCAAAAACACGACAUAAUCAAAGUCAUGGACAGCGACAAAUGGGAUGCUAAAGACUUCGGCGACCAUGAGAAUCAGUUGCUUAGCCGUGUCAUCCAGGGCAGCACUAGUGAUGCUCAGCCGUGGGUGGAAAGUACCAUGAUCUGGCAGCUGUCCACGAACGGAUUGAAGGACAGCAAUGGUAGCGCCACAAACGGUACUGCUGGCACAACCGCGAAGGUACGAAGUGCAGUUGUUGACGAGCAGAAGUACAUCCUGCCUGAGUCAGCACUUGCCAUGCUGCGAUCGAUGGAAACAUUCCAGCAUUUAGCCGCAGCAAUUCCCAGCAUGAGCCAGGAGGUAGCGACAUUAUUACUGGAAAGUCUGAAGCUGUUCAAUUCUCGAAGCUCACAACUGAUCCUCGGAGCCGGUGCCACUAGGAGUGCAGGCUUAAAGAACAUCACCACAAAACAUCUCGCUUUGUCGUCGCAAGCUUUGAGUUUUAUCGUUGCCCUGAUACCGUAUGUGAGGGAGUUUUUCCGACGACAUCUACCCUCUUCGACUGCUUCACAUAUUAUGACCGAGUUCGACAAAGUCAAGCGUCUUUUUCAGGAACAUCAGAACGGUAUCCACGAGAAGUUAGUUGACAUCAUGUCUGGGCGGGCAUCGAUGCACGUCAAAUCCAUGAAGAACAUCGACUGGGAGGAAGCGGCGAAGAAUAAAGCUGUGUCCGUUUCUCCAUAUAUGGAGACUCUGACGAAAGAAACUGGCACCCUGCAGAAAGUGCUAGCCAAGCAUUUACCUGAGCCGAUUGUUGCAGGCAUCAUGAUACCCGUCUUCUCAAGUUAUAAAGAGCAAUGGACCAGUGCGUAUAACGACGUCACUGUCAAAUCUGCUGCAGCGAAAGAGAGACUACUCGCCGACGCUGAGUUCUUCAAGUCCAGGAUCAGCAAGAUUGAUGGCUCGGCUGAUCUGGGUGAACAAGUCGUCAAGGUUGUGCAGGCGAAGACUGUAGCAAACACCGCUGCACCCGCUCCUGCUCCAGCCGCUGCUAGCAGGCCGAGUGAUCAAGGUGACGAGGCUCAUGAGGAGAAGUCUUCGACAGAGAUCAAGGGUGAUAUCAAAGAGGAAGAGAACAAUACAUAGGUCGUAUUGACGGCUUCAGAUCUCGGGUUUACCCGUUGAAUCCGGAGAAGGUUCAAAUGCUUUCCACGAAGCCACGAAGCCGAGACAAUAACACCGUGAGCGUAUGCUGCAUCAUACUUGGUAAAAUCAGGAUUCGAGACCACCUUCAUCUUG